AUGAAGGCUCAGAAUGAGGCAGAAGACACGUAUGCUUCUCUUCAACUCUCAGCUCCACCCUCUGAAUAUGAGACUUUGAACAUUAAGAGAGGUGGUGUUUGCUGUAGAGAUUACAACAUCAGUCUGCUGGAGAAGAUUGAAGCUCUCAGUGGAUCCUGUGUGAUUAUAAAGUGCACAUUUAAGAUUGAGGACAAAUUUGACAAAAACCUCACUGAGACUGAUGCUAUAGGACAGUGGUUCAAAGAUGGACAUGAUGUGAAUAAGCAUCAAGUGUUUACCUCUAGAGUUCCCAAUUCUAAUCACUUUAAAGGGGCAAUAACUGGAAAACUACACGAGAAGAACUGCACAACUAUUUUUUAUAAUGUUAGUUCAAAUCAUAAUGGUAAAUAUUACUUCAGGAUUGAGAGUGGUGAUCUGAAAUACACCUAUGCAAAAAGCGCCUCCACUGUAACUGUCAUUGAGUCUCCCCCCAAACCCACAGUGAAGCUGUAUAAGGAUCAGGAUCAGGAUCAGGAGGAGGUGUUGGAGGGGAGCUCUGUGAGUCUGCGCUGCUCUGCUGAGACUCUCUGCUCCUCUCCUCCACCAACUCUCACAUGGAGCUUCACUCCCAGAAUCCCCCUCAGUGAGAGCGGCGGACAACAGGAGCUCCUCGUCUCUGAUCUGAACUUCACUGCUACUCACCGUCACCACAGAGUCACUUUCACCUGCACUAUAACCUACCAGCUACAGGACAAGAACAAAACAGCACAGGACAACAUCACAUUACAUGUUCAGUAUGCCCCUAAAAUCUCUCCCUCCUCCAGCUGUAACGGAACUGAUGUAACUGUGUGUUUCUGUGAGGGUGAUGGGAAUCCCUCUCCUGAACUGGAGUGGCAUCUGUCUGGACGUCCUGUUAGUAACUCUUCAAACACGUUCAUCAGUGAAGAGCGAUUGAACAGCACAGGCUUGAGGAGCUCCAUCACUCUACAUCAGUCACUCUCACACUCAUACACUCUGCAGUGUGUCGGUAACAACACUCGUGGCACUGCAAGAGAACUGCUUCUCUCUGUUGCACGUUUGAAUGUUUCGUCUGUGAUGAUUGGAGUUGCUGUUGCAGCUGUGCUGGUCAUUAUGUUCUGUGCCAUUACAUGUGUCUGUGUACGAAAAAAGGGUAUGAAACUUCAGCAGACUAGAAGAGAAGGUGCUACAAGAAACAUUUCGACCAGUGAUGCCGUUCCACAUGAGGAUGAAGCGGAGUCUGUUUAUGCCAAUGGUUUCGCGAUGUCUUCUGCUGGAACUGCCACAGAAAAUCCCGAAUCCUUAAUUUACUCCUCCAUUGACUUUACUGCUGAGUCACGAGAGUUCGGGAGUGCCUCCUCACUUCAUGCUGACUACACUUUGGUCCAACAUUGUUCUGUAGGAAUGGCAAAUGCAGAGAGCUCAAUAGUUGAGUCUUCAGGAGCAGUAGAGGCAAUAGAGGUGAUUGUGAGAGCAGAUGUGGUUACUAAACAAACCGAGUCAAAGGAAUCCGAGAAAGAGCUGUUAGCAGACUCAUCUCAGCUUUACGCAGUGGUUAAACAUCAUAACCCAUAGAGAACUGGAGAUUUUGCCAUUUGUUUUCUCCUAAAUAUUUCUGAUAUAUGUUAAC